CACACCACCUGCACAAUUGUAUAUACAGAUGCUAUCUAAUUCUUCUUUCAUACUUGAGAAAUGCUUAUUUAUCUGCACUAUACAAUUGUUGUCUAUAGUUAUUCUCUGUUUCUCCCAAGAAGCUCUUGUGUUGAAGUAAAAAUCUGUGUAAUCUUCUCUGUUGCUAGAAGUUGGACUGGCUUGCUUUCGAUGUCCCCAUUCCUUGUGUUAAACUGACAAUCAUUCUAAGGGCAUGCACUUGUUAUUUCUGUUCAGAUUGGCCAUCUACAAUUCUUUUUUAAUUUAAGGUUCAGCACUUGGAAUUCGUGAUGGCUGAGAAAAUGAUCAAUGUUGUUGCUUCUUCCUCUGGAUCUGCUUCUAAGGUAUUCCCUAAAAAAUAUGACGUUUUUCUAAGCUUUCGAGGUGAGGACACCCGAAGGAACUUCACAUGCCAUCUUUACGAAGCUUUGAUGCAAAAGAAAAUUAAAACCUAUAUAGAUGAACAACUUGAAAAGGGAGAUCAAAUCGCACUAGCACUCACCAAAGCCAUCGAAGAUUCUUGUAUAUCUAUUGUCAUCUUCUCAGAUAACUAUGCUUCCUCAAAGUGGUGCUUGGGUGAACUCUUCAAGAUCUUGGAAUGCAAGAAAGAAAAAGGACAGAUUGUGAUACCAGUGUUUUACAAUAUAGAUCCAUCCCAUUGAGGAAGCAAAUUGGGAGCUAUAAGCAAGCCUUUGCAAAACUUGAGGGAGAGCCUGAAUGCAAACAAAUGGAAAGAUGCUCUUACUGAAGCAGCAAAUUUAGUUGGGUUGGACUCUAAAAAUUAUAGGAAUGAUGUUGAAUUGCUUAAGGACAUUGUUAGAGCUGUUUCGGAAAAAUUGCCUCGCAGAUACCAAAACCAAAGUAAAGGAUUGGUUGGAAUUGAGGAACAUUAUAAACGGAUUGAAUCAUUUCUAAAUAAUGGGUCUAGUGAAGUUAGAACCCUUGGAAUAUGGGGCAUGGGUGGCAUAGGUAAAAGCACCCUUGCUACUGCUUUAUAUAAUGAAUUGUCUCCUGAGUUUGAAGGUCAUUGCUUCUUCAUAAAUGUUUUUGAUAAGUCUGAAAUGAGUAAUCUCCAGGGUAAAAGAGUUUUCAUUGUCUUGGAUGACGUGGCUACCUCUGAGCAAUUAGAAAAGCUAAUUGGAGAAUAUGAUUUUUUGGGACUAGGAAGUAGGGUCAUUGUUACGAGUAGAAAUAAGCAAAUGCUUAGCCUAGUUGAUGAAAUAUAUUCAGUCGAGGAAUUGAGCUCUCAUCACUCCCUUCAGCUUUUCUGUUUGACUGUUUUUGGAGAAGAACAACCUAAAGAUGGAUAUGAAGAUCUAUCAAGAAGAGUAAUUUUCUAUUGCAAAGGUAUUCCUUUGGCUUUAAAAAUUUUGGGUAAAAGUCUUCGUCAAAAAUGUAAAGACGCAUGGGAAAGUGAAUUGAGAAAAAUUCAAAAGAUUCUAAAUGUGGAAAUUCAUAAUGAAUUAAAAUUGAGUUAUUAUGACUUAGAUUGUUCACAAAAAGAGAUCUUUUUAGACCUUGCAUGCUUCUUCAAAGGAGGAAAAAGAGAUUGGGUAGCAGGAUUAUUGGAAGCUUUUGGUUUCUUUCCAGCAUCUGAGAUAGAAGUACUUUUAGAUAAAUCUCUCAUAAGAAUUUCAAAAUACAAUGAGAUAGAAAUGCAUGACUUGACACAAGAAAUGGGUCGAGAAAUUAUUCGUCAACAAUCUAUCAAAGAUCCUGGAAGACGAAGCAAGUGCAAUUGCUUUUAUUUGAUAAUACAUGGAACUGAUGUUGUUGAAGGCAUAAUUUUAAAUCUGCAUAAAUUAACUGGGGAUCUAUUUUUGAGCUCCGAUUCCCUUGCAAAGAUGACUAACCUGAGAUUUCUUCGAAUCCACAAAGGGUGGCGGAGUAACAACCAAUUUAAUGUGUUCCUUAGUAAUGGUCUUGAGUCAUUGUCUAACAAAUUGAGGUACCUUCAUUGGGAUGAAUGUUGUCUUGAGUCUUUGCCGUCUAACUUUUGCGCUGAACAACUUGUAGAGAUUUCCAUGCCUCGUAGCAAGCUCAAAAAGCUCUGGGAUGGGGUUCAGAACCUCGUGAGUUUAAAGACCAUUGACCUUCAAGAGUCUCGAGACUUGAUUGAGAUCCCAGACUUAUUUAUGGCCAAAAAACUUGAAAGAGUAUAUCUUAAUCAUUGUAAAAGCUUGUAUCAGAUCCAUCUAAAUUCCAAAUCUCUCUAUGUACUUGACCUCUUAGGUUGUUCUUCUCUCAAGGAAUUCACGGUGACAUCAGAGGAAAUGAUAGAUUUGAUGUUAUCUCACACUGCUAUAUGUACAUUGUCAUCACCAAUUGAUCACUUAUUGUCUUUAGAAGUGUUAGACCUAAGUGGAACUAAUGUUGAGAUCUUGCCUGCAAACAUAAAAAACCUUUCAAUGAUGAGAAAGCUAAAAUUAGAUGAUUUCUGUACGAAACUCAUGUAUCUGCCGGAGCUUCCACCAUCCCUAACAGAGCUUCAUUUAAAUAAUUGUCAGAGACUCAUGUCUCUACCGAAGCUUCCAUCAUCCCUGAGAGAGCUUCAUUUAAAUAAUUGUUGGAGACUUGUGUCCUUGCCGAAACUUCCACCAUCCCUAAGAGAGCUUCACUUAAAUAAUUUUUGGAGACUCAUGUCUUUGCCGAAGAUUCCACCAUCCCUAAGAGAGCUUCAUUUAAAUAAUUGUCGGAGACUGGUAUCCCUGCCGAAGCUUCCACCAGGGGUGAAAGAGGUGAGUGCCAUCAACUGCAUUUCUCUUAAGACAGAUAUAACUCAACGGCUAGUGUUACAACACAUGUAUCAGAGUCGCAUACCCUACUUAAACAAAGACCCUACAUACCGUGAGGAUGAAUACUUCUUCUUCCCUGGAGAUCAUGUCACAAACAGCAAGUAUGGAUUUCAUACAGAAGAGAGUUCAAUAACUAUUCCUUAUCUUCCAAAAUCUCAUUUAUGUGGUUUCAUUUAUUGCAUCAUUCUUUUGGAGGGAUCAGUCUUAAAAGAUAACCGGUUUUCUUGCGCUAUCUAUCGAGAUGAUAUGCUGAUCAGUUUGGACCAUCGCAGGAUUAUAGGCUGCGAAAAAUUGAUUUCAGAUCACGUAUUAUUUUGGUAUCAUGAUAUCAACAAAUUUGGCGGAAUAAGUGAAGUGUAUGAUCAUUUCUGCCACAUAACAUUUGUAUUUAAAUUUAAUUACAAUAAAGAGAGCAUAAAAGGAUGUGGGGUCUUUCCAGUGUACGAGUCAAAUCUUUUAUAUACAAUGAGAGAACUGGAUCCUCUCCCACAACUUUUGUCUCCAGCAAAAGAAACCAAAAAAAAAAAUUGUUUGCCCUUCAAAGCAAGACUCAGAGGAUUCUGUAACAGUAACGGUGGUGGUCGUUGAUCAGCGAAUCAUCAGCCAGGAGUGUGUCGAUCACCUUCAGGAGGUGCUUCUAAGCCUUGUAAGUUCAGUCCGACUCGCAGGUACGGAUCGCAAACAAAAGCGCCCCGUGCAGAUCAUGCGCACUCAGGAUCUGGUUUGAGGUUAGCGGAAUGUGUGCGUGUGGUAACAAGGGCAUAAUGACGUUGUUGAGGGACCAAACGAUUAGGUUGUGGUCUGAUCAGAACAACAACCACAAGUUUGUGAGUUCAAAGAUUCUGCUAGGUUACACGAGCUUUGUAGGACCUUUGGAGUGGAUUCCCCCGAACACAUCAUUCCUGCAAGGACACUCUGGUCUUUGUCUGGGACUUAAACACGGGUGAAAAGGUCCACACUCUCAAGGGCCAUCAAUUGCAAGUCAUUGACAUUAUGUUUGAUGAUGUGCAUGCUGUAUCCUCUUCUUUUGAUCGGUAUAAGGUUUUAAAUUUCAUCAUCAAUUUUUUUAAUUCUAAUUCUGCUUCUUGUUGCUUGGAUUCUAUGUUCUAAAAUCUCCUAAUACUAUGCUUCAAUUUUGGUCCAAUUUUUGGACACUA